AUGUCCGUGGCUUCGUCUGACUCGGGGGCGGAGUACCACGCGUACUCUGAACGGACGCUGGCCGUGAUCAAGCCGGAGGCCUAUGAGGAUGCCGAAGCUAUAGAAAACCAUAUAAGGAACAAUGGGUUCACUAUCCUUGCGAAGCGUAUAGUCCGCCUUACUCCCGAGCAAGCGGCGGAGUUGUACAAGGGCCAUUACGGACGCCACCACUUCCCACACCUCGUGGCGCACAUGUCCAAUGGCCCCAUCAUUGCUCUCGUGCUGGCAGCUAAGAACUGUAUACAGAAGUGGCGGACGCUUAUGGGCCCUGCUCGUGUAGCAGAAGCUCAGGCUUAUUGGCCAGACAGCCUACGCGCGUGCUACGGUCGCCGCACGCAGUACGGCGACUAUUUCAACGCGGUGCACGGCAGCGAGAACCACUCGGAGGCGCUGAGAGAGAUACACUUCUUCUUUCCUAGCAUGAUCGUGGGCCCAAUAACCCGUCACUGGCAGGUAAACGACUACAUCCAGAAGCACAUAACACCUACUUUACUGCCGGCUCUAACGGCACUAGCUCAUGAGAAGCCGGCUGAGCCGGUGCUGUGGCUGGCUGAAUAUCUGCGCCGGCACAACCCUAACGAGCCGGAGUUGGCGCCGCAGCCGCCCGGUCAGCGCGAGGAGAGGCGCUGUCAUACGCCGCUGCCGUCCGAGGAGUCAUUGCUCAAAUGA